GCAUGAGUUCCUACCAGCAGAAGCAGCCCUGCAUCCCACCCCACGAGCCUCAGCAGCAGCAGGUGAAACAGCCCUGCCAGCCUCCACCCCAGGAGCCAUGUGUCCCUGAAACCAAGGAGCCAUGCCAUCCCAAAGUUCCAGAGCCCAGCCAUCCCAAACUUCCAGAGCCCUGCCACCCCAAAGUUCCAGAGCCCGGCCACCCCAAAGUUCCAGAGUCAUGUCCUUCACCAGUUAUCCCAGGGCCAGCUCAGCAGAAGACCAAGCAGAAGUAAUGUGGUCCACAGCCAAGCCCUUG